CCAGCCGAAAAAAUUCAAUCAUCAUUGCUACUAUUCGAAUCACUUCUAUCAAAAAUCGUCCGAACUUGUCCUUUCAAUUCCCAACAGUUGAGGAUCGAUUAUGAAGUCAGGGGAAGCGCGUUGGUUGUGGACGCUGCUCAUGGUGGCAGCGGCUGCUUUCCCGGCGGCGCGUGGUGUGUGGUUGGACUUGCCGACCACGGGAUCGAAGUGCAUCUCCGAGGAGCUGCACAACAACGCCGUCGUUUUGGCCGAUUACUACGCCUUCAUCGGGGAGGACUACGAUGUCAAUGGUACUACUGUGGCUCCGUCUAUCACCGUUAAGGUUACAUCACCAUAUGGGAAUGAGAUCCAUCAUAAAGAAAAAGUCGCUCACGGUCAGUUUGCCUUCACAGCAACUGAGGCUGGGAGCUACAUAGCAUGCUUUUCCCUUGAUGGUGAUCAAGGAGGUAAAAAGGUUACUGUUGGUAUCGACUGGAAAACUGGAAUUGCUGCCAAAGAUUGGGACACUGUUGCGAGGAAGGAAAAGAUUGAGGGGCUUGAACUCGAGUUGAAAAAAUUAGAAGCAGCAGUGGAAACUAUCCAUGAUAAUUUGAUUCGUCUGGUAACCAGGGAGGCAGAGAUGAGGGGGGUUAGCGAGACUACUAAUGCUAGAGUUGCGUGGUAUAGUUUGAUGGCCCUCGCCAUCUGCAUCGUGGCUUCGAUUCUCCAGGUGCUGUAUCUAAGGCGAUAUUUCAGGAAGAAGAAGCUCAUUUAGACCCUGUGCAGGACUAGGUUUUUUCUUCUUACAGAAACCAAAUCCCAUAACAAGUUUUUGAAGAAAUCAGGCAAUUAUAUCAUUGAUAUAUACAGCAGAGUGAUGUAGUAUCCCAUUUCGAGUCCCUUUUGAUUGACAUAUUUGUAAUUUUGCUGGUGUUCGGAUUCGGGUCCGGAUCAUGACCUAUCCGAUGAGCUUAAUCCGUCGAUUAAAUUAAAAAUGGGAUGAAAUAGACUAGAGAUUGUAUACAAAAACCAAUUCUGAAGGCAAAAAUACUGGAGUAUGUGUAUUGCUGAAA